AUGGGCAUAACAUCGCGUCUCCAGUCGCGCGGCGGCUCCGACAUCACCAAGGAUAACAACAACACACCUACUGCAAACCACGAGGAAGACGCACCGAUCAAACCGGCCUUUACAAGCGGAAGAGAGGGCGAUGUUGCUCAGGCGCUGUUCAAUAGCCCCGAUGAACUCCAUGAGGAGGUUGACCCUUCCGAAGCGCGGAGGGUGCUUUGGAAGAUUGAUUUGAUGAUCCUGCCGUAUUUGGCUGUUUGCUAUGCAUUCUUCUAUAUUGAUAAGACUACACUGAGCUACGCGGCCAUCUUCGGAAUCAACGAGGACUUGAAUCUUCAUGGAACGCAGUACAGCUGGCUGAGUAGUAUCUUCUACUUUGGUUUUCUGGCUUGGGCACUGCCUACCAACCUCAUGCUGCAACGCUUCCCAAUUGGAAAAUAUCUUGGCAUCAACAUCUUCAUGUGGGGCGUCUUCCUCAUGAUCCAAGCAGCAUGCCACAACUUCGCGACCCUCGCGGUCCUCCGUGCCCUGGGCGGUGCCGCCGAAGCCUGCGCUGACCCAGCCUUCAUGCUAAUAACGAGCAUGUGGUACACACGUCGCGAGCAACCCGUUCGCAUGGGUCUGUGGUACACAGCAAAUGGCCUGGGUAUUGCCCUCGGUGGUUUGCUGGGAUAUGGAAUCGGGAAUAUCAAGGGUGCGCUUCCGUCGUGGAAGUACGAGUUCAUCGUCAUUGGAGCGCUCUGCUCAGCGUGGGGCAUCGUUAUGUUCAUCUUCCUCCCUGACUCGCCUGUGAACGCGCCGGGUCUCACACCGCGUGAGCGCCGGAUUGCCGUUGAGCGGUUGAGAGAGAACCAGACUGGUAUCGAGAACAAGCAUCUCAAGCCUAGGCAGGUGCUCGAGGCGUUCACGGAUUAUAAGAUGUAUUUCUUUUUUGUGCUGGGUUGUGUUUGCAAUAUUCCCAACGGCGGCAUCUCAAAUUUCGGCACAAUCAUCAUCCAAGGCUUUGGAUUCUCAACACUUGUUACGACCCUAAUGCAGAUCCCAUACGGCGUCCUAAUCGCCAUCUCAAUCCUAACUUGCGUGUAUCUAAACGAUCGUUUCGAGAACCGCCGAUGUAUCUUCGUCCUGCUCUUCCUAAUCCCCAACCUCGCCGGGGCAUUCGGACUGCGGUUCGUCCCUGCUGACCAGAAAGUUGGCCGAUUGAUCUGCUACUAUCUUACCGGGCCGUAUAAUGCUGCUUUCGUCUUGAUUCUUAGCAUGCAGAUUGCUAAUACGGCUGGACACACAAAGAAAGUCGUCACAAACGCUGUCCUGUUUCUAGGUUACUGCACUGGAAACAUCGCCGGCCCAUUCUUCUACAAAGAGAGUCAAAAACCCACCUACCCCCUCGGUAUUUGGUCAAUGAUCGUGUCGCACCUAAUCGAAGCCGUGCUGAUCAGUGCCUUGGGCCUGCUAUUGCGCCGGGAGAAUAAGAAGCGCGAUCGGAUCCAGAGCCAGAUGGAGGGAGGCCUUGAGGGGAGGGAUCUGGGCGCCACGGCGUUUUUGGACUUGACGGAUAGGGAGAAUUUGAAUGUAACAGCAUCCUACACCAAGGCAGUUGCAAUGGCACGAGUGAUUUUCACCUCUAUCCUCCUGCAAGCUUUCUUCGACUUCGCUGCCGGUCAGUAUCUUGACUGGAGCACGUACAAAGCAAACGGCGUCAACCUGGGCGGAUGGCUCGUCCAAGAAUCCACCAUCGACACGACAUGGUGGGCACAGUAUUCCAAAGGCGCACCGGAUGAAUGGGGACUCUGCGCCAAUCAAGGUUCCUUAUGCGGUCCCGUCCUCGAACGCCGCUAUGCGACUUGGAUCACUCCCGCCGUGAUUGACCAGUUGUAUGAAGCCGGGGUAAACACGCUCCGCAUCCCGACGACCUACGCUGCGUGGAUCGAGGUACCGGGUUCGCAGCUGUAUUCCGGUGACCAAAUCUCGUUCUUAAGGAACAUUGCCACGUAUGCCAUCACAAGGUAUGGCAUGCAUGUCAUUAUCGAUGUCCACUCGCUCCCUGGCGGGGUGAAUGGGAUGCCGUUUGGCGAGGCCGAGGGGCAUUUCGGCUGGUUCAAUAACCAGACGGCUUUUGGCUACUCGCUCGAUGUUGUCGACGCGGUGAUCAGUUACGUCCAGGGUUCUGGGCACCCCGAAUCGUAUACAAUCGCACCAAUCAAUGAGCCGGUCGAUAAUCCGGACUUGUCGUUCUUUGGCACCCCGCUCGCGUUGACUGACGAUGGAGCUGCGUGGGUUUUACAAUACAUCCUUGCUGUGAUAUCUAGGGUGUCCGCGGUCAAUCCCAGUAUCCCGGUCAUGUUUCAGGGCAGCUUCCGAGGGGAGGCUUAUUGGUCUCCGCAGCUUCCAAGCGACGCAAAUGUUGUGUUUGACGUGCACCAUUAUUAUUUUGCCGGUCGGGGAACGACCAGUCAGAGCAUCACAAGCUACAUCUGCUCCGACGCUGAAAAGUCACCAGGCGAUGGCAGAUUUCCUGUAUUUAUCGGCGAGUGGUCGGUACAGGCCGAGUUGGACAACACAUUGGCUGGACGGGAGCGUGCAUUGAACACUGGGCUGUAUGCGUUUGCGGCUCACACUCGGGGCAGCUCUUACUGGACAGCCAAGUUCUUCGGGAACGCCACAGUUGACGGCGAGGGUACGCAGGCGGACUAUUGGAAUUAUCUGGCGUUCGCGGAGCAGGGCAUGAUCAAUCCUAGCGAAGGAGAGGACGGAUGUUCUUAG